AUGAGACACGGAACGAUCUUCUUCGAAGUUCGGUCUAAGCACGAGGCGGCCCACUGCAUCGCCACGGGGAACCUCUUGAGUUUGUCUGUCCAGCAAGUCACGAGCUGCUCGACCAAGGGGGGCAGCGCCGGCUGCAACACCGGGUUUCCUUCGUACGCCAUCGACUACGCGGCCGAAGGACUGUGUCUGGACAGCGCGUGGCCGUACCGAGGCCAGACUGGCACGUGCAACAACCAAUGCUCCAAGCAGCGCUUGGCCAUCGGCACUAGCGCCCGCACGUCGGGUGAAAGCGGACUCUCGAACGCACUCUACAACCAGCCGGUGGUCGUGGCCGUGGCGUCGGCCAACAACGUGUGGAAGAACUAUGUGCGCGGGGUGGUCUCGGCUUGUCCGGCCGCGCGCUCGGACCACGCCGCCAUCGCCGUCGGAUAUGACGGCCAGUCGUACAAGAUCAAGAACUCGUGGGGCACGCGAUGGGGGGAUGGUGGGUACAUCUACCUGCGCGCCAACGCCGGCGGCAGGGGCACGUGCAACGUCGCGGAAUACGUGUUCUUUCCCAAACUCGGCGCGUCCCCCUACCAGCCCAAGCCCGGCUGCGGCAACUGCAACGCGUGCUACUACCCCGGCGACAACUCGUGCUUGUCGGACUUUAACAAGGCCGACUGCGAGUACUACAGCGCCAUGCACGGCACCAAGUGGUGCGCCAACUAG